UGUAUAUAUUGUUUUCAAUGCACCGCAGAUUAAAAUUUAACAAUUAUGGAAAUUGCUGAGUUUUUAUUUUCUAAACUUUUUUGAAGUAGCCAAGACAUGGGCCUGAACAAUGCAUUUCCAUGGUUGUUGGUCAUUUUUACAGCCCCUGAUUAUAAUAUUAAAAUACUCUGAAGUACUUGUUCUCAUCACGAGAGGAACUCGGGUUCUUCUUCGUCUGUUUCGGCCUCUCCUAUCACCCUAACUGUAACACAUCGAAUAGACAGGCAUCACAUCUUUUCACAACACCACUGGUUUCCGUAUAAGAGAAUCACGCCGGUUGUCUCUAUGCAGUGUUUUAAAUGUGUGCCACAUAUAUCCACACGUAUCCAAAUGAGAGAAUCUAAAUCUACUCAAGCUUCAUCUCGUGUCAUUAAGGAUUUACCUUGACGUGCAAACAUCGUUAUUAUGGUGUGGUUCACUCAUUCCAUGGCUCUAACUGAGGAUCAAUACAAAAUAUAAAACCAACCAACAUCCACAAACAUCUGGAAUCCACCUUUUCGACUCCACUGCGUGAAAUCGUCAAACCUGGCAACAGCGCUGGUGUGACUAACCACAGAGUCUCCUGCCUCCAGACCUCACUGCUGGGGAAGUGCUGCUGCUGCCUAAACCUCUGCACGGCCAUUGCUGCGCUUUAAAGGUAAGCUCCAUUAUCAUGAACAUGGUUUUAAUCAAUCGAACAGCAAUCGAAUAACGCGAGGUUUAUCAGGACGUUUGACGGGGAAACGCUCUGUUGUCGGACUGUGUUCGAUUCCUCGUCACACUCAGAGGUCACACAGUCUGGUCUGUUUCCCACACUUCGGUUUGAGUUUCUUGCUAGUACCUCCGUUUCACGGUUAGCUCACGCGGUUAGCCACAGCUAACAACAACAUGUCCGCGUGGACUCGCCGUAGCUGCUUUCUUCUUCUACGCCGUGCCGAGGCAGCGGUUGCCGUGGCGACCGCACUCACAAGUUGCGUAGCGGAAACUGAACUUUGAAGAUGACUUCUUCAGCCGGAAGACAAACACAGACCUGGAAUAAACACUAGCUUUAGGAACAAUGGCGUCCUGCUUGGUGCCGGACCUCCCCGCCGUCAUGGUCGCCCUCGAACAUCUAAAGGAGCUGGACAACGCGCUGAAAGAGGAGGGAGUGCCGUUCGCACCAGAGGCCAGCCUCCACCUGGCAGAGCUGACCGCUGCCGUCACCGACCUGGAGUCAGACCGACGUGCAGCCCACGAACAUUUAGAGGUGGAAACCAUAGAAAACAGCAAGCUGCGACACCAGAUAGACAACAUACGUGAUCGAAUGAGCCAGGAAAUCAUGGCCGACGUGGCAGCAGCCCGAGCAUCCAAUGCUGAGGAGAUGGAGCUGCUGCACAAAGAGCUGAGCACGGUGUCCCUGCUGCGAGAAGCUGCUGAGAAGAGACAGGGAGAACUCCUGAGCCAAAAUGAAGCAUUGCGUCCUCACAGGAUACGAGAGAAGGCCGAGCACGAAGAGGUCGUGGCUGUUCUGAAUGAUCAGAUAUCCCGAAAAUACAGCUUGCAAAUGCAACUCGACCAAACACUGGGGCGGAGAGAGGAGCUGAAGAUCUGCAUCGCUGCUGUCAAACAAGACAAAAUAUCACUGGAGCAAAACAUGGAGCUGGCGAGAGAAGCUUUCACUGUGAGGGAACGCAACUUGUCCGGGGACAGGAAUCAGAUGGACGAGAAAGUCAAGCAGCAGAAACAAGUGAUCAGGAGGAGAAGAAGAGAGCUGGGGAGAGUAAACAGCAAGAAACAAGAGAGCCAUGGCCGCCUGGAAGAGCUCUCCGCUGAUUCGGCCAAGAUAGAGGGCAACCUACAGAGACUGACAGUAUCUCGGUGCCAGUUUGAGAAAGAGCUUGAAGGUGAGACUCAAAGGCGUCAAGACCUGAGGCAACAGAGAGAAACGCUGAAGAAGGAGUUGUGUGAUUUAGGAGAAGCGUUCAGCCUUACCAUUAAGAAUCUAAAAGAGAGAAUCACUGCAGCGGAGAGCAAAAUAGAGGAGGGUCAAGCAUCAAGGUGUCUCUGUCAGGACCACCUGGCUCAUAUCCAUGAGAUAUUCAAGCGGCAGCAUGGGGAAGAGAGCAAAGUGAGGGCAGAUCAUUCCCGUGCAUCACAGCAGCUGGAGCGGUCCAGGCUGCAGCUAGAGGAACGCAUUGCCUCCGUGGUGAAACACAACAAGGAGAUCAGAGAGAUGGACAAGCACAUCAGAGAACUUCUGGAGGCUGACACCAUCAACAAGCGUGUGUUCGAGAGGAAUCAGGAGGAGCUGUGUGCCAACGUGGAUACGGAGAAGACGAACAUCCGCCAUCUCGAGGAGGAGAGGAACAGGCUGAGGAGACUUCUGGAGGAGGCGAGAAGGGCGCAGGAGGAACACAUGGCGAAAAUAACCUCUGGCAUCACCAGCGCAAGGAGGCGCUAUGAGGAGCUGCAGCAAGAGGAGGCAGCGCUCCAGCAGCGCCAGCCCAAGAGCACAGAUGCCGACCUGCUAAUGAACCACGUGGCCCAGUGUGCAGCAGAAUACAGACAAGUGGAGAUUCAACUCCAUCAGGAGAUUGAGCAGUGCACCGCAGAGACUGAGGGCAUCACGAGGAGCAACGAGGAGAAGCAGAGGUUGGUGGAGGAGAAAGAGGAGAUGCUGAAGGAGGUGGAGGCCAGGUGGAAUGAGGAGCAAAGCCGCAACCAGAGGCUUAAAACGCUGACCUCCGAGCUGAGGCAGAGGAGGGCUGAGCUGGAGCUGUCCAUUCAGGGGCUGAAGGAGAAAACCAUCUUUCUGCUUCAGCCCAAAGAGGAGAUGAAGGUGGAGCUGGAGGAAACGCGAGCACAUCACAUGGAUGGGCUCUCCAGACAGGCCUCAGAGCUGAGGGCUGUGGAACUGAGCAUCUAUGACACCAGUGUGAAACUGGAGCAGGUCAGAGUGGAGAACAGCAGGCUGCAUCUCUGCAUCAGACACAUGACGGAGGAGGUGAACAGAGUCAGGGGGAACAAAGACAGACACUGGCAGGAGGUUCACCAGUUCCACCGGGACAAACGGGCCUUGUUUGAGACGUUACAGGAAGCAUGGAGGGAAGAUAUAUUGGUAACGGAGGACUGUCAGAGGAGUGACGGUGUUCUGCUGGUGUGUAUGAACACUCUGCUGAACCAUCUGAAGACUAGGAGACAGCAGUUGGGACAUGUCAACACACUCCUACACCAGAAAAUGCUGCAUUUCAGCAGAAGACUGGGAGAUCAGACAUAAAACUGAUCUGAGUUGAUAGAACACAAGUUCCUUCACAAAUACUGUCAAGUGUCCACAUGAAUUCAAAAACAUAUUGAAGAUGGAAGCAACAAGAACAUACAGACAUCUGUUCUAUUUAUUUUUUACUAGUGCAGUGCCCACUCAGAGCCUGCCUGUGUGGAAUGGGUUGUUUUCUUGGCCUGUUGCCUGUGAAACCUUUAAGUGACCUGUGGCAAGUGAAGAGCGGCUGCAGGACACAUAGCGCCUCCAUAGAGCCCUGAUUACAAUAACUUUUUAUAUUGAAUUAUUUUAUUUCUA